AGUUAGUUGGAGCGGAGACGAACAUGGCGCGCAAGGUGGACGACAAAGCCAAGACUCCCGUGGAAGAGGUAGCAGAGAAUGUGGUUGAACAGGACCAUGAAGAUCAAGAAGAAAGUGCUGAGGAAGGCGUUGCAGACAAUGGAGGUGGGGUCGAUGAAGCAGAGAACGACGAUCAAGGAGGCGAUGACGGAAAGACCGACGACAGGGAGGGCAACGGCAACGAUGAACUUCCCGACCUCCUUGUGCCCAAGAAACGCAAAAAGAAGGACGAAAGUGAAAAGAAAGGUGUGGUGUACAUGAGCCGCGUCCCGCCAUUCAUGAAACCAGACCAUGUCCGCCGCCUCCUUAGCGAGUACGGCCCAAUCGGACGCAUCUACUUGGUGGAAGAAGACAAAACAGCGAGAAAACGACGCCUGAAGAACGGUGGGAAUCGACAGGUCAACUUUACCGAAGGUUGGAUUGAAUUCAAGCGGAAGAAGGACGCCAAGAGCGUGGCCAAGGCGCUCAACACGACCCUCAUUGGCGGGAAGAAGCGCAGCAAAUACCACGAUGACAUUUGGAACCUCAAGUACCUCAAAGGGUUUCAGUGGACCCACUUGACGGAAAAAGUGGCGUACGAAAACCGAGUCCGCGACCAGAAGCUGCGGUUGGAAGUGGCGCAAGCCGCCAAGGAGAAUGCCGCGUUCUUGGAGCGGGUGGACCAAGCGAAGAAGCUUGAAAAGAUGGUCGAGCGCAAGCACGCCCUGCAUCCAGAGACGGCGGACGUUCCAGAAAACAUUCGACGCACGUUCCGACAGAAUGAAGCCGUCGACAAAACUGCCCACGGGUCGCUCGACGACUCGGCCGCGGCGUCCAUGCUUGGCAAAGUGUUCAAGAAGCGAAAGGUCCAAGACUCUUAACCAUUCAAUUUACUAGGCAUGGGUUGAUGCAUCCGA